UUUGACUGGGAGGCGAUUCCUGGGUUGUCCUAUGCAGCAGGAUGUAGGUGUGAACUGUGGGGUUGUGGAGUGGGUGGAUGGUCCUUGGCCAGAGAUUCUACAAAGGUGCCUAACCAGGAUUUGGGACAUGUACCAUGAGCAGAACUUGGGAAGGGUGAAUGACAAACAAGCCCAUGAGAAAGAGGUGGCCAAGCUACAGAAGGAAAUUGAUUUCCUGUCAAACAACUACAGCCAGUUGGUGGAAGAUGUAUCCAAGCUAUUUGACUAUCAAGAUGGCAAGAUGUCUCAUGACAUGGGCUAUACCAGUCAGGCAAUCAAUGAACUAAAUGAGAAGAAGAAACAACUUGAGGAUCAGGCAAAGAUUGAGUUAAGUAUGGAGAAGAUGAAGCUUGCCAAGGAGCAAAGGUGCAUUCUUCAAAGCCAAGCAGAUAUCAUUCAGAACAUGAGGAAGGCCAUGAAGGAAGUGGAGGGGGAGAGGGACCUACUAAGGCAAGAGAAGAAGAAGCUGGAGUAUCUGAUUGCUGAUCUGCUCAAGGCUGGGCAUGCCAGCAAAGAUAAACUGGAGAGGAUCAAGGCAAUUAUGAAUGAGUGAAGUGGUUGGUGUGUGGGUUAAGUAAU